AUGUCGUCGGACGAAAUCGUCUGGCAGGUUAUUAACCAGCAGUUUUGUUCUUACAAGCUCAAAACCGACAAAGGCCAAAAUUUCUGCCGUAACGAAUACAAUGUUACUGGCUUUUGCAACCGUCAAUCAUGUCCUCUAGCAAACUCUCGGUACGCGACCGUUCGAUCAGACCCCAGCACAGGUGCAAUGUACCUCUACAUGAAAACGGUAGAACGCUCUCACAUGCCCAAUAAAUGGUGGGAGAAAGUCCGGUUAUCUUCGAAUUAUGCAAAAGCUCUGGGCCAGCUAGAUGAGCGAUUGAUAUACUGGCCUAAGUUUUUGAUUCACAAGUGCAAGCAACGUCUUACCCGGCUUACUCAAGUCAACAUACGGAUGAGAAAGCUUGCCAAAGAGGAAGAGCGUUUGGGUGAAAAGCUGGUGCCAAAACUGGCACCCAAGAUAAGGAGACGAGAGGAAACGAGGGAACGAAAAGCAGAAGCUGCUGCCAAACUUGAGCGGGCGAUUGAAAGGGAGCUCAUUGAGAGAUUGAGGAGCGGGGCGUAUGGUGAACAACCUCUGAAUGUUCAAGAAAAUAUCUGGAAGAAAGUUCUUAAGGGUCUAGAGAGACAAGGAGAUGGUGAACGGGACGAAGAUCUCGAUGAGGGCAUUGAGGAGGAGUUGGAAGAGGAAGAGGAGGGCGUUGGUGAAGUUGAGUAUGUUAGUGAUAUCGACGAGGAUGAGGACAUGGAAGACCUGGAAGACUGGCUCGGAGAUGAGAGCGACGAGACGGACGGCGACGGUGCAGACGAUGACGAUGAUGAGGGUGAGAGUGACGAUGGAGAGGCUAGCAGUGAUGAGACCAACGAAGAAGACGAGCCAAAGAAGAAGCCCGCCGUGGCGCCCAAGAGGAAACGGCCUGCAGCGCCCUCUCGGCCCCGGAAGAAGGGUGCGCAUGUCGAGAUCGAGUACGAGACUGAAGGACCGGCAAGAGAGUCGCUGUUUGCAUGA